CCGGCAAAAUGUCGGCCACUCAAUUCAAGAACUUUCUCUAUGCAUUUUGUGGAAAACGUAAAACUAGUCCUAUUUAUACGGAAAGACCUUCUACUCAAGGAACUUUCAAAUUCCAGGUUCAAAUAGAUGGAUUUGAUUAUGUGGGCCUUGGAAGUGCAACCAACAAGAAAGAUGCUGAAACUAAUGCUGCUAAGGAUUUCUGUGGUUUUCUCAUCGGAGCUGGAAUUAUUCCUCCAGAUUCAUUUCCAGAUGAUUUAUUUGGAGAAGGACCCUCGGCACCAUCAGCCUCCAUGCUAUCUCAACAGCAGCUUCCAUCAUCUGUAGCACCAGCUCCUUCUACACAGCUAAUGUCGAAUCAAAACCAACAGCCACAACCAGCUCAUGGGAAACCUUUUCUGUCACAACCACCACCACUUAUGACGCAGCAAGGUGGAACAGCACCUGGUACAAGCCAAAUGGAUGGUUGGAGCGGAGCUGGCCAAAGGGAUUACCACUACAGCAUGUAUAAUAAAAGGACAUUUGAAGAGGCUGAAGAUGUGGAUCUCAACGCUCAUCUUCAUGGAAACUGGACAUUAGCUAAUGCAAAGUCUCGGCUGCAUCAGUAUCUACAGCAGAACAGAAUUCCUGCUGAUUUCAAAUACUCUGCUGGAGGUCCAGACCACAAUAGACAUUUUGUUGCUGAAUUAUCCAUUUUUGUGAAGUCUCGCCAAAGGACUAUUAGUGCACGUGAACAUGCUUCCACCAAGAAACAAGCUGCCCAGAACACCUCUCUCAGUCUUGUUCGACAAUUGUUUCAUAUGGGAGUGUUGGAAGCUGCUGAACCAGGUCAAGUUCAACCAAAGAGAGCAAAAAUUGAUGAGAUUGAACCUUAUGAUGUUGCUAUCAGUCCUGAGAUGGAACAGCAAGUGUCAGAUCUGCUUCAAAGACUUGAGAUUCAAGCAGUUACUCAGCCCCAGGAGCCAAGCCAAGCUGUUUCCCUAGUCCUUCCCCCUGGAAUGGUCAAAUUUCAAGAGACAAACCCUGAACCGAGUUCUGGAAUAGUGGAAUGGACUCAACCACAUAUGAACUGGAAUCCAUGGAUAAACCAGCCUAUGAUUAUAGAAGGAGCUGAAGAGUAUCAAGAACCCAUUCCAACCAGUCAGGAUUACCUAAAGGAAUACAGAGAGAAACAUCAAAAUGUUGAUGCGUAUAAACAGAUGUUGGACCAGCGAAGUCAACUUCCUGUGUUCCAGUACAAGUCUGCACUGAUUGAGGCAAUCAGAACAAACAGAGUUGUUGUUAUUAAGGGUGCAACAGGUUGUGGAAAAACAACUCAGGUUCCACAGUACAUUCUUGAUGAGUACAUUGAGACAGGGUAUGGUGCCGAGUGUUGUAUUGUAGUCACUCAGCCCCGGCGUAUCAGUGCUGUAAGUGUGGCUGAAAGAGUGGCGAGUGAAAGAGCUGAGAUACUGGGCACCAGUGUAGGAUAUUCAGUCAGGUUUGAUACUAUUCUUCCCAGAAGCCAUGCCUCCAUGCUGUUCUGCACAGUUGGUGUUCUUCUCAGGAAGCUUGAAAACGGUCUUCAUGGAAUUUCUCAUGUGGUUGUGGAUGAGAUACAUGAGCGAGAUAUAAAUACCGAUUUUGUGUUGGUCAUUUUACGUGACAUGAUCCAAGCGUACCCAAACCUCAGAGUUGUCCUCAUGUCUGCCACAAUUGACACCCAGAUGUUUACAGAAUAUUUUGGUAACUGUCCCAUUGUGGAAAUAGAAGGAAGAUCAUUUCCAGUUCAAGAAUAUUACCUUGAAGAUGUAAUCCAAAUGUUAAAUUUUGUCCCACCACUUCCUGAGAAAAAGAAAAAGAGAGAUGAUGUGGACGAUGACGAAGAGAACUGUAACUUGACUUGCAGUGGCGACUACUCGUUCCAAACUAAGAACGCGCUGGCACAACUAAGUGAAAAAGAAAUGUCUUUUGAACUUGUAGAGGCUUUGUUGAACUACAUAUCCGGUCUGAAUAUUCCUGGAGCUGUCCUCGUAUUCCUUCCAGGGUGGAACUUGAUUUUCAAACUUCACAAGCACCUGAAGAUGCAUCCACAGUUCGGUAAGGCCAAGACAUGUUACAUAUUGAAUAAGCAUCCUACGUAAUUAUUGCGCCGGUGUGUUGACCUUGUCGCAUAAAAGGCUGGUUCUUCUCCUUUGCAGAUAAUUCUUUCUACAAACAUCGCUGAGACAAGUAUUACAAUUGAUGAUGUUGUUUUUGUCAUUGAUUCAGUUAAAGCCAAAGUGAAAUUAUUUACCUCACACAACAACAUGACAAAUUACGCCACUGUAUGGGCAUCGAGAACCAACAUGGAACAAAGGCGAGGUCGAGCAGGCAGAGUCAAGCCAGGCUUCGCUUUCCAUCUUUGCAGCAGAACGAGAGCUUCAAGACUCGCUGAACACGCCACACCGGAGAUUUUGCGCACACCGCUUCACGAGCUGGCCCUCACUAUCAAAUUUCUAAAACUCGGAGAUAUCAGAGAGUUUUUGAACAAAGCCAUCGAGCCGCCCCCGCUUGAUGCUGUGGCAGAGUCCAUUGCACUGUUGAAAGACAUGGAGGCUUUGGAUGGAAACUUGAAUCUCACCCCCCUUGGUUACCUUCUGGCGAAGUUACCCAUUGAACCACGGCUUGGCAAGAUGAUCAUUCUUGGAUGCAUCUUUUACUGUGGAGAUGCCAUGUGCACUAUUGCUGCCAGCACCAGUUUCCCUGAACCGUUCGAAACACCAACUGACCAAAGGAGACUGGGUUGGGUACAUAAACAGUUUUCUGGGUCACGUCAUAGCGACCACAUUGCGUUACUCAGCGCAUAUCAGGCCUGGGAGGAUGCCAGGUCAGUGGAAGAUGAAUCUGCUGAGUAUCAGUUUUGCGAGAGUCGUCAGUUGAACAUGUCAACUCUUCGCAUGACAUCGGAGGCCAAGCUUCAACUGAAAGAUCUCCUUUGUAAUGCUGGUUUUCCAGAUGAAUGUAUGCAUCCACAGCCGUUUAAUUACAGCGGUCCAGACUCCAAGCUGGACAUGGUCGUGGCUUUGUUGUGCUUGGGUAUGUAUCCUAAUGUCUGCGUACACCGAGGGAAACGAAAAGUACUAACAACAGAAGGGAAAGCCGCGCUCAUCCACAAGUCAUCUGUAAACUGCUCCAACAGGGAACAGACUUUCCCGUCUCCGUUCUUUGUGUUUGGAGAGAAGAUUCGUACCCGCGCUGUAUCGUGUAAACAGAUGACCAUGGUUAAUCCUCUACAACUGCUCAUGUUUAGUCAGAGUAAAGUAGACUCUGAGAAUGGAAUUGUCAAAAUGGACGACUGGUUACAGUUUCGAUUUGCUCACCGUCAAGCCGCCAUGAUCGUAGCCCUGCGCCAAGCGCUUGACUUCCUAUUGGUUCGCGCUGCCACUAAUCCAGCCACAAUAGCUGAACCGAGUCAUGAAGAUGAGAGAAUACUGCAUGUUAUUAAGGCCUUGUCAAGAGCUAAUGCUGGAAGCUUUAACGUGAGCCGCGGUGGGGGCCAAUUUCAACCGAGAGGAGGACCAAUACCGGGGUUGAUGCACCGAGGUGGACGUGGUGGACCCCCACCAAGGCGUGGCUAUCAAGGUCCUCGGCAUUACCGCGGCAAUCAUCAAGGGGGUGGAUUCCGCGGCGGGGGCAAUUUCCGAGGGAGACCCCAGCGGGGAGGCUUUCGCGGAUUUCGCGGCGGACAAUAUUAAAUAAUACGUUAGGCUUACUGCUUACAGUGGAACAGAGGAGUCUGUGAAAAUCUCGGUAAUAAUUUGGUUUUAACUCACCAGGGAAUACCAAGGCGUUAUAAAGUAGCUGACAGAAUCACCAAAAAAAAUAAGGUAGACUUGGAAAAUUUCACACUCGUUUACCUUGUAUUCAAAAUUGCUGCUUUCCAGAGGAAAUAGUUUAUCAUAACUUAAACACGAAGGCGCGCUAUAAAAGGAGCGUUAGGUCCCACUGGACCAUUUGUCAAUCAACCGUCGUGUGCUG